AAUAAAAUAAUAUAUUUAAAUUUCUUAUCUUUCAUAUUUAUUGUCAUAUAUAAAUUUCUAAUCUAUUAGUUGAAUUAUUCUUUUGAUAAAACUUUGAAAAGAAAAGAUUUAGAAUAAUAAAAGUUUAAAUAAAAAAAAUAUAAAUAGAAAUAAUAAUAUAAGUAUAAAUAAAUAAAAAUAGAAAAAAUUAUAAUAAUCUAAUCAUCGAAAAAUAUGCUUUUUUCAAAGCCUAGUUCUCAAAUAUUUGAAGGUAUCGAAAAGUGACAAAGAAGAUAGAUGUCAAAAUGGUUUUUCAAAUGUAAUAAGCAAAUCAUACGUAUCGCAGUUUAUCUCGUCAAUGUACGUAAAACGUUUUUAAGUAAUAAAUUGUAGCGAAUUAAAAACACAAAAACUUUAAUAGACAUUUUAUAUACACAUUCAAGUUAUCUAUUUAUUUGAAAAUAUUAUUGAAACUAUUAUAUUAUUUCUAAACUUAUUAAAAUCAAGAGAAUUGAAAAAUAUUCAUAUUUAAAAAUAAUUAUUGUGACUACGAUAUUGAAGGCAUAUUUGACAAUACUUUCUAAUCUGUAACAAGAAGUGCGUUAUUACAUACAAUAGACAAACAUUUAAAAAGUUGUUCAAAGUGAUAUACGAGCUGACCCGAGAAUCCAAAGAAAAGAAAAUGGAUAAAGAAAAUCACCGAGUUAACAAAGCAAACUGCAAUUCGAUAAAGAAUCAGAACGAGGCACGUGAUUUAGUAUUCAAGGGAGACGAGAUUCAAAAUUGUGAAUAAAUAGAUUGAUCCAUUUUAAUUUUUUACCAUCAAUAUUCUAUUUUAAGGAAUAAUUUAAAUUAUUUUAUCAUAUAUUUAUAUUUGAAAUAUAUAAUAAAUUUUUUUACAUAUUUCAAAAAAACCUUUUUUUUAUAAAAAAUAUUUAUUAUCUACAUAAUACAAUUCAUAAUUUAUUUAAAUAAAAUUACGCUAUAAUAUCGAGAAAUUGGAAAUAAAUUGAAAAUACAUUUAGAUUAAAACAUAAUUUCUUUGAAGUACAGUGGAUUUUUUGUUAUAUUUAAAGAAUAAAUUUGAAAAUAAUUUAAGAUAUGUAUAUUUAGCUUAACGUAAAUCGGAAUAGAAUCCAUUAAAGAGAGAUUAUAUUUUGAGUAGUAUUUUUAUUGUGUGAUAGGCAGAUAAAAUCCAAAUUAAAAAUUAUAACUUACAAUGAUUAUAUGUAAUAGUAGCAUGAAAGAAUUUUUUCAGCGUGCAGAACUGAAAGAACAAAAUGAUGAAAAGAAGAUACAAGAAAACAAAAAUUUUAGAAGCGGAACAACCAAGGAGAAAGAAAUAAAAUGCGAAGAAGAUAUGAAAGAAGAUGAAGAAUUACUGAUACCACAUGGAAAUACGAUGUUUGGACUCUGUGCUAUUUGUCAUCUUGCUCUUGGAAAUAUAAAUUCUAAUUUUAGUCAAUAUAUUCCUUGUUCAAAGGGUCAUGCUGUGUGUCAACGUUGUAUUCAACACUUUGCGCUUCAAUCAGAUCCUGGCUGUAUUCUUUGUCAUGCACAGUAUCAACAAUCAAAUAUAAAUUUAUCGCGAGAAAGUAAUGUUAGUUUGAAUUCAAUAUAUACGCAUCUAAAGAGAAUGCAAAUUCCACGACAACAAUUGGAAUAUUAUUCGAAGCAUCAUCAACAUUUACAGCAAUACAUCCCUAUUGACAUUGAACAAUCAUAUAACAAGUCUUGGAAUCAAAAUUAUCCAUGUGCAACACAAAAUAUUGAAAGAAAUACAUUAGGAUAUUACAAUGAUUAUUUUGAAGAGAUAUCUGAUUAUGACCAAAUUAAAGAACAAAAUAACAUGCGCGAACAACGAAAUAAAAAUUGUGACAAACAGAGACGACAAAGUUAUUGUAAUUUAUUUAAAAAAGGAAAUACAGAAUCAUAUGUGUCUGAAGCAAAAGUUAGCGGACAAAUUAGCGCAGAAUGUUCUCGAAGACCGAUUCGCUGUCCACGAAUUGAUUGUGCCAUAAAUGUAGCUUUUUCAGCGUUAACUCAUCAUUUCAUUUUUGAUCAUCCAGAAGUACCUAUCCUGAAUGUAGAGCCAGGUAUUAAAAGUACACUCAUCGUCAGUUUUAGUGCUCUAUCUUCCAAUUCUAGUAGAUGUCUGGCUCUCCUUUUAGUUUCCGGUAAACUCUCAGAACCUGUUGCGAGAUUGUUUAAUGGUAGUCAAAUCAACCCAAAAUAUCGAAAUCGUUUACCAUUACCAGUAUUAGCUGCUCGACUACAUUGUACAGAUCAAUGCAUAUCUAAUGACAAGAUUAAUAAAAAGAAAAAUUUUCAUGAGAAAGAUAUAAUUAUUGCUUGGGUUGCUGGGCUGGAUAUUGGAAAUACAACAAACAAACUUUUAUGUAGUAUUCAGGCUGUAGACAAGAUUGAUAAUGAAGGCUUACGUUGCCUAACAUAUACAGGUCCAGUGAAUUCAUUAAGAACUGCUCAAUGUCCUCAAGACAUUUUUUCAACAGGUGAUUGCAUAGUUCUGCAUGAAGGUCUUCUCAGUCACAUUACAUCAGAUUGUGCUACACUCAAUGUCAAUGUUACUGUGCAUUAAAUAUAUUACAAAUGUGAUAUAUUAAAUUAAAUUUCAAUAUUAAUUAAAACGUCUAUCAAAGGCGGGAAUAAUACUUACAUAGAAAAAAAUCAUAUCUUUGAUAUAUAUCCAAAUUUUGGGUAUCGUUUAGUGUAAUACUAUGUAAUAGUAUAUUAUUAUUUGAAUAUAUAUAUAAAAUGUUAGAGAAAAGUAUGUUUGAUAUGUUAUAAACUCGUCAUAGCAGGAGGCCGAGCAUACGCUUUUGGAAUAAAUCCAUAUUUACGAGUUUUAGGCGCGUAUGCCCACAGCCACCCAUCUACAGUUUGAUUUCCUAAAUCCGCAUAUAUCCAGUCAGCUCUUCUCACAGAUAAAUCAUCUGGCGCCUGCGCCUUAUAAUCGUAAAGUACUACUAAUUCCGUGCCAUUUGUCUCAUCUCGAAAAUCUCGUAAACCUUUUUGUUGUAAUGAUUCAUUUCCUGACAUAUUGUUAUUUCCUUUUCCUUGAAAUGAAAUAAUAUUUAAAUAUAAAAAUUAAAAUUUUUCUGUUUUAUUAAUUUUAAUUUCUACUAAAAAAAAUAAAACCAACCUAAAGCAUGUGUUUCUGUAGAUGUAGUAGCUACAGUAGUAGUGGUAGUGGUUGUAGUAGUUGUAGUUGCAUAUGAAUGGAGAACAUGUCCUGGAUAGACAAAUCCUGAUGGUACAAAUCCUUCAUUACCAUCACAAUGUCUUAGUACCCAAAACCAAUCAGGAUCAUCUCGAUUGAGUACAGUUACAAAUUCACCUCUUUCUACGCUAACAUCAUUUUCAUCUCUAGCCACAAAAGUGUAAAGUACAAUAUACCUUCCAGCUGAUGGAUCCU